AAAACCCGCGAUUUAGAAACCACCGGAGAGUUUGUUCGCCGCCAUGAAACCAGCAAGUGGUACGGUGGCUAAACAAGGCGAUGGAGGAGGAGAAGGCAAGAAAUUCGCGUUGGGGAAUGUAUACACUGUCAAGUUGACCACCGGAGACGUGUUCAAUGGAAUCGUCUUGGGAUAUGAUUCUAAUCCCAACAUCGUCAUGUUCGAAGAAGGAACGAAGCCUAAACCUCUGGAUUCGAAGACCUUACGGAUGGUGAAUGCGAAUUUCAUAACCGAGCUGACGAGUCUGGGGAGAGUUAAGGAUCCGCUCGCUAAAAGGCCUUCGACUAGUCUUGAUGAACUCGAACAGAAAGAAGUUAAUGUCAUUAGGGACAUCGAGAAAAUUGGUUUUGGUGUUACAGCAGAGGCGCAGAAGAUCUUUGACGCGAUUUCUAAGACGCUUCCUACAAGGUGGGUAAACAAAGACAUUCUCGUAAUGGGAGAAGUGUUUAUUCGAAGCCCUUAUUAUCCUGAUUGUGUCGAUGGAGGAACCCGUGCUGCCAAUGAUCGAGUAAAGACCGUGCUGAAGCAGGAGAGAAAGAAGUUGCAACUCAGUGACACAUAAGGCCAUUGAAGGAGUUGUUUAAUGAACACACAGUAGAAAAGUAAGUCACUACUGUCCCCGAGAAGUGUACCUAGACCUGAUACCAUGUGUAAAUUCGCUUCAGGAUAAGAAGAUUAGAGAUUUUUGUAUUGCAGAGAUUGAAUUGUGGUGUUGACAAGAACACAGAGAUUGUCAGAGUUUUCCUCUGUAUAUCAAAUCUGAACCAAAACAUGAUUAGUGACAUAUUCACUGAUUAAAAGGUCAACAUUCACAUUUUCUA